UACAUGGUCCUCUUGAAAACAUUAAAGUAGAUAAAGCACCAGCGUUCCAGUAAGGAAACCUAGAAUCGAAUCUUGUUCACUAACGACAUAGACAUAAUUCUUCACUGGACUCCCUUGAAGACGGCAGCCGAAACGUAGAAUAAAAACAACAAAUUCGAUUAAAGACUGAGUUUUCAAGAUGGAGAACGAGGGAAUGCAACAAUUGAUUUACACUAUGAACAAACUGCAGGAUGCUGUAUCCGCAGCUGGAGUUGAGCUUGAGGUUGACCUACCUCAGAUAGCUGUCGUCGGAGAGCAAAGUGCUGGGAAAAGUAGUGUCCUGGAAAAUUUUAUUGGAAAAGAAUUCUUACCACGUGGAACUGGAGUCGUGACUAGGCGACCUCUGGUGAUCCAUCUUUUCUACAGUCCUGAUAAAGAAUAUGCUAUUUUCAACCACCAGCCAAACAAAACAUUCACGGAUUUCAAAGAAAUUCAACAAGAGAUUAUUGUAGAAACUGACAGAGAAACGGGUAAAACAAAAAACGUUUCUGCAAAACCAAUUACAUUGCGUAUAUACUCACCAAAUGUUUUACAAGACUUGACUGUAGUAGAUCUUCCUGGACUAACCAAAGUACCUGUUGGUGACCAGCCUAAAGACAUUGCUGUUCAAAUACAGAAUAUGGUAAAAGAAUUUAUCAGUCAGCCAAAUUGCCUUAUUCUUGUCGUAACUCCUGCAACUCAAGACAUUGCUAACUCAGAUGUAUACAAAAUUCAAAAAGAUACUAAACCCGCAGGUGAACGAACAAUAGGUGUUCUAACAAAAUUAGACCUCAUGGAUAAAGGAACAGAUGCCCGGGAAAUUUUGGAAAAUAAGAUUUUUCCAUUAAAAAGAGGAUAUAUUGGCAUCGUUAGUCGAAGUCAGAAAGACGUUGAAACAAACAAAGAUAUUAAGAAAGCAUUACAAGACGAAUAUAUGUUUUUCAAAAAACAUCCAAGUUACAAACACCUAGCUCACCAGAUGGGAACAAAAUAUCUUCAGGAGACUUUGAAUAAACAGCUUAAAGCUCACAUUCAAGAAUGUUUUCCCAGUGUUUGGUCAACCUUACAGCAUCAGCUGAUAAACAUGAAAAGAGAAUAUGAAAAACUCGAAAAUAUUAUUGGUGAAGCUGACGACGCUGGUAAAAUUAAAUGCAUGACAUCAAUAGUUUACGAAUUUGCCAACGAAUUUAAGAAAAGGCUUGUUGGACAGACAGAAACCGCAAAUCAUCGUAAUGUUGACGAAGGAGCACUGAUUAAUGAUGCUUUUUACAAUGAAGUUACCGAGUUAUUAAGCAUGGAGUUGGUGCCAUGCGACAAAGAUUUGGUUUUUGUUAUCAAGAAUAUUCACGCCUAUAGAACACCAUUGUUCACUCCAGGACUAGCGUUUGAUGCUGUUACUACAAGAUUAAUUGAGAAGUACAAAGUCCCUAUUGUGACAGCUGUUGACAUUAUUACCAACAUCAUGGCAAAUCUGAUUGAUAACUGUGCUGUUGAGCUCAAACAUUAUCCAAAACUUCAUGACGAAGUGAUUUUCCGACUGAACACUCAUCUUCAAAAACAGCAAGAGGUGACCAAGGAAAAGUUGCAAAGCCACAUUGAUUCAGAAAUGUCAUUCUUUAACCUGCGACAUCCAGACUUUAAUAGAAACGGAACUCGGUCGAAACCAAAUACGAAGAGUGCUAAAAGUGAACAGAAAGUAGACAACAAAGUUGAUAUAACAAAUAGAGCAGAUAAAGAGAGUUUGUUACUCAACGAUCCAAACAUACAGAGCCAAGUGGACCAGUUAGUAGCUAUGAUUGAAUCUUACAUGAAAGUAGUAGCCAAGACGAUCCAAGACUUAGUUCCGAAAUACAUCAUGUUGUUCCUUGUAAAAAAUACUAUGACAUAUGCAACAAAGGAACUUACAGGAGAGCUUGUAGCUGAUUGUGCUAUUAAAACUUUGAUGUCAAUUCGUGAUGAAGACGUUAAAAGACGAGAAGAGCUUAGCAUAGCGAUUGAUACUAUUAAAACGGCACUGGAAAUUAUUGGUAAAGUUUGAUAGGACUGCCUUUAUUUAU